GCGGUUUAUGAUAACAAAAGCUAUUGCUCACUGUCAGCUUUCUUCAUAUUUACAGAUCCUUUCAAACCAUGAUCAGAUCGUUUCAAACUGUUCGAAACGACACAAAGCAGUGCCUCAAAUACUCUAAAUUUUCUAAUUUUUUAAAUAAAUAAACAUGUCUACUUCAUUGAAUCCACCCGAGUUUUUACAAGAGCAGGUAGAACGUUUUGCAAAAGUGAGAAAUAUUGCGAAUCCGAAAUCUGAAUUUUCGAAUGCCAGUAAGGACGGUGACAAUUUCCUAGGCGCACUUUAUCGUGUCAAGAUUAAAGGUGAGAAAAAUGGUGAGAAAAAGGAACUAAAUGUGAUUUUUAAAUGCGUUCCCCAAAUUGAGGAAUUGAGAAAAUUAUUGAGAGCAGAAAUCAUCUUUCUCAAUGAAAUUGCUUUUUAUGAAGAGCGAUUUCCAAUUUUUGUGAAUUUAUUGAAAGAGCAUAAUAUUAAAAGUAGUGAUGUGCCUGAUUAUUAUGGUGGAUCUAAAUCUAAAGGAAACGAGAUUUUGAUUUUGGAAGAUUUGAAACCAGGAGGAUUCACUAUGAAGGAAACAAAAAUGUUGGAUUAUCCACAUGCUUUACUUGCUGUUCGACAUCUGGGUAGAUUUCAUGCCUAUAGCUUCGCCAUUCGAGAUCAAAAACCUUCAGAAUUUGAGAUAUUGAAGAAAAUAAAAGAACCAUUUUUUCCUGAGCCAGGCUAUUAUAAAAAUCAACUUGACGCGCUCAUGGAUGUCGCAAUAAAGGCAGUAGAAAAUGAAGAUCAACAUUAUAUCGACAAAGUUCAACAACUGAAAAAGAAUGCUCAACAAUUUAUAGAUUAUGCUUGUGAUGGUAAAAACGCUGAACCUUACGCGACUCUUAACCAUGGUGACCUAUGGACAAACAACAUGCUAUUCAAAUACAACAAAGAUUCAGAGCCAGAAGAUAUCCGUUGUUUGGAUUAUCAACUUAACCGAUAUGCUUCUCCAGCAUUGGAUAUUCUUUACAUGUUGUUUACAUGUUGCACUCACGAGAUGCGAAAACAAUACUAUGAUGAGUUGUUACACCAAUACCAUGACUCUUUGGCUCAAUGUUUAAGAAAAUUGGGUUCUGAUGUCCAAAAACUGUUUCCAUUCGAAAUACUUUUGGAACAUCUUCAAAAAUUUGGGGGAUAUGGUGCCUGUAUGUGCUUGAUAGAUCUUCAUCUCAUCACGAAACAAGAAGAUGAAAAUCCGCUACCUCUUUACAAUGUUGAAUAUAUCCAAACUUUGUUUUCGACUCUAAAAACAAAUAAAUUGUAUCGAAGUAUGGUGAUAAACACACUUAAAGAUAUGAUCGACAAAAAUUAUAUUUGAUGAUUUAUAAUUAGGCAAUUGAUCAAUAGAUAAAUUGGUGCAAAAAUACAAUUAACAUGUACACAGAAAAGAUAUUAGAAUUGAAUCAAGAAAAUAUUGGUGUGAUAACCCAAUAUUAAUUGAUAUUAAUUAUAUAUAAAUGUUGGGCUUAAAGAAUUCAAAGGAAUGUGAAUAUUUUAAGGCACAUAUUAUAAAGGAUUCCAAGGAAUAUAAAAAGAAUAUAUAAUAUUUAUAAAAUUAAAAGAUUUUAAUAGGUUAUAAUGGGACAGAAAAUCCUGAGCCCAUAAAAAAAAACGUGUCGUGUUUUUUUUCACAAAAAUUUGCUAAAGACAAAUUCAAUGUAUCACGAUAUUUACUCAAAUCCUGGGAAACCCCCUGAAAAUUCAUUUGUGAAAGUAAAGUUUUUAAAGGUUUUUAAAUACACGUUCCUAGGUAAUAUAUAUUUAAUUUAGAAGGCUUUCAAAAUAUGUAUUACUAUACAAAAUAUUAAUUAA